CAGUCUUAUGUCUAGCAAAUGCAUGUGCUGAUAAUCAGAUCUCUCCUACACAAGUGAAACAAACCCUUAAUUUAGGAAUCUGCUCACGUCAGUUGAGAGGGAGGGGUUUGGGGUCUGUUGCUGCAGAUGCUGUGGUGUGGAUAUUGCGUUUAUCUCUCUUCUAGUCAUCGCUGCCUUCACUUCGUGCUUGUCAACACCGGCGGCAUUCGCGCCCUAGAUGGCUGCACUUGGCAGUCCUUUGUGAGAUUAUUUUCCCGAGGAUUUUUGACCUAUAAGUAAACCAUGACUGACCCAACGACACAAGAUUCCUUCCCCGUCCCGGAUCCCACAAUCGUGGAUCCUUCAGCUGUAAGAAACGGCGGAUGCGCUCCGGAGGCGAACCUAUCCAAAAGACCGAGUCAGGGCGAUCCUUUCAGUAUGGACCGGGACCAAGAGAUGAAAAUCACUGACAGCGUUGAGGGACAAGGUAGCCUGCUGGAAAGCAGCAUGCGACUAAAGCCCCACGAGGCUCAAAACUACAGGAAGAAGGCAUUGUGGGUGUCUUGGAUCUCCAUCGUGGUGACACUAAUCCUGGCAGUGGCAGCCUUCACUGUUUCGUUCAUGAGACACAGCGCGUCAGCAUUUGGAUUUGCAUUUGACGCCACGUUGGACGUGCUAUCUUCAAUUAUCGUGCUGUGGCGCUAUAGCAAUGCCGCAGCUGUCCACUCCGCCCAUAGGGAGUACAUAGCGUGCGUGGUCCUUGGGGUGGUCUUCAUCUUGUCCUCCCUGUGUAUUCUAGGAAAAGCAAUCCAUGACCUGGCCACCAAGCUGCUUCCAGAAGUGGAUGACUUCCUCUUCAGUGUGUCUAUUGUCAGUGGGAUUGUAUGUAUCAUCCUGGCUGUGUUCAAGUUCCUGCUGGGGAGAGUGCUGACCAGUAGAGCCCUCAUCACUGACGCUUUUAACUCCAUGGUGGGGGGCAUCAUGGGUUUCUCCAUCCUCAUCAGUGCUGAGGUGUUCAGACACCACCCUGACGUCUGGUACCUGGACGGAUCCAUCGGCGUCAUCAUCGGACUCAUCAUCCUCGCUUACGGUGUCAAACUGCUCCUGGACAUGGUACCCCGGGUGAGACAAACCAGGAACUACGAACGCUUUGAGUGAACGCUCCUAGGACCAGGGUUACACCUGAUGCACCCCCUUCCCCUUCCCCUCCCCGCCCCUCCUCUCUUUCUAUCUCACACACACACACAUAAGCACACACACACA